AUGACGGAGACGAACAAUACAACUCAAAACGAGGCUCGCCAUGGUGACCCGUCAACAGGCCCGCGGCGCACGACGCUGAGACAAGAGGUCGAGAAAGCCAUCUCUGCGCCGGCGGAAAAAGAAGCACAAGAGAAACAGUUGGAUUCCUCGCAGCAUUCCAUCUGCUCGGACGACACCGACAGCAGUUCCGGACACGGCGAGCGCGUCCACCAGAGCUUGAGGAGCGCCACAUCCCAAUCCCUCUCGAGGACGAUAUCCGAAGUCAGAGACGGCAUCGAGAACAGGCGAGAUCUAGAACUCGGACCUCCUUCAGACUUGGAAAAGACACCAACUACCAGAAACCCACAGGAUCCGAACUUGGUGACAUGGGAUGGCCCAGACGACCCUGGAAACCCGAAGCAGUGGUCCAUGAAGAGGAAGUGGGCAGCAGUCUUCUGCAUAUCUUGCUUCACCCUCCUCUCGCCAGUUUCUUCAUCCAUGGUUGCCCCCGCGCUGGAGGCCAUCGGCGAUGAAUUCAACAUCGCCAGCUCCUUCGAGCAAGCUCUUGUCCUCUCCAUCUUCGUUCUCGCCUACGCCAUCGGCCCCUUGGCCUGGGGUCCUCUUUCAGAGCUGUAUGGACGCGUCAUCGUCCUCCAGCUGACGAACCUCUUCUAUAUGUUCUUCAAUCUCGGGUGCGGUCUCGCCCGCACAAAGAGCCAGAUCAUCGCGUUCCGCUUCUUCGCCGGCCUCGGCGGCUCCGCGCCACUUGCCAUCGGCGGCGGCGUCCUUGGAGACCUCUUUGAAGCCGAGCAGCGCGGCAAGGCCAUCUCGAUUUACAGUCUCAUGCCGCUCCUGGGCCCGGCGAUUGGCCCCAUCGCCGGCGGCUUCAUCACGCAAAACACAACGUGGCGCUGGAUUUUCUACAGCACCACCAUCCUCACAGCCGUCAUCCAGUUCAUCGGCUUCUUCGUCCUCCAGGAGACCUUCGCGCCCGUCCUCCUCGCCCGGCGGAAGAAGCGCCUCAUCAAGGAGACGGGCAACAACGCCUUGCACACCGACUUUGACCACCCGGAUCGAACCUUCGCCCGCACCCUCGGCAUCGCACUCACCCGCCCCUUUCGCCUGCUCGGCACCCAGCCGCUGGUCCAGUUCCUGGCGCUGUACAUGAUGUAUCUGUAUGGCCUCAUGUACCUCGUACUCUCGACCUUUCCCGCACUCUGGACGGGCGAGUACGGUCAGUCCGUGGGGAUCGGCGGGCUGAACUACAUCUCUCUGGGUCUCGGCUUCUUCAUCGGCGCCCAGACGUGCGCGCCGCUGCAGGAUCGCAUAUACGCCGCUUUAAAGCGCCGGUACGCCCCCGACGGUGGGCCGGGACGCCCCGAGUUCCGCGUGCCGAUGAUGCUCCCCGGCGCUCUGCUGGUUCCGAUAGGACUGGUGAUCUACGGCUGGACGGCGCAGCACCAUGCGCACUGGAUCGCGCCCAACAUCGGCGCCGUGAUCUUUAGCGCGGGCGUCAUCGUCGGGUUCCAGUGCAUCCAGGGGUUCCUGGUCGACACGUACACCAAGUACGCCGCGAGCGCGGUGGCGGCGACGACGGUGCUGAGGAGUCUGGCCGGGUUCGGGUUCCCGCUGUUCGCGCCGAGCAUGUACCAGAGACUGGAGUACGGCUGGGGCAACACGUUGCUCGCGUUUCUGGGCAUCGCGAUUGGGUGGCCUGGCCCGUUUUUGCUGUGGAAGUUUGGGCCGGGGUUGAGGAAGAAGAGUCAGUUUGCUGCUGGUUGA